UCGGAUUGGCACAAUCGCCUCGUUAGUCAAAAAAUAUUUUUUGUGAAGCCGAAUAAAAAGUCGUUUUGAAGCUUUUUUCGUUUCAUUCGUUUCAUUUUACGUCUGUGUGAUCUAGUGAUUAGCACUGCAUCAUGGGUAUCUUAGAAAAAAUCUCAGAUAUCGAGAAGGAGAUCGCAAAAACGCAAAAGAAUAAAGCUACCGAGUACCAUCUUGGUCUGUUGAAAGCCAAACUAGCCAAGUACCGGUCGCAGCUGCUGGAACCCUCGAAGAAAGGCGAAAAGGGAGAGGGAUUCGAUGUCCUGAAAUCGGGCGACGCUCGAAUCGCGCUGAUCGGAUUCCCUUCCGUGGGUAAGUCCACCCUGCUAUCAACGCUAACAAAGACCGAGUCAGAGGCAGCAAAUUAUGAGUUCACCACCCUGACCUGUAUACCGGGUGUGAUUGACUACAAGGGGGCUAACAUCCAACUGCUGGAUCUUCCGGGAAUUAUUGAGGGUGCAGCUCAGGGCAAGGGUCGCGGUAGACAGGUUAUUGCGGUCGCUCGCACCGCUGAUCUUGUGCUGAUGAUGCUGGAUGCGACUAAGCCGAACGUGCAUCGGGAACUGUUGGAGUAUGAACUGGAAUCGGUCGGUCUGAGACUGAACAAACGGAAGCCGAACAUCUACUUCAAGAUCAAGAAGGGCGGUGGCGUGAGUUUCAACUCAACCUGUCCAAUGAGCAGAUGUAACGAAAAGAUGGUCCAAACGAUUCUGCAUUCGUUUAAGAUAUUUAAUGCAGAAGUUUUGUUUCGGGAGGAUUGUACCGAGGAUGAGUUUAUAGAUGUGGUUUCGGGAAAUAGGAUUUAUCUUCCGUGCAUCUAUGUGUACAAUAAAAUUGAUCAGAUAUCGAUCGAAGAAGUAGACCGGCUGGCUCGGCAACCGUUCAGCGUGGUCGUUAGCUGUAAUAUGCAUCUGAAUCUGGAUUACUUGUUGGAAGUACUGUGGGAACAUCUGAUGCUGAUAAGAGUUUACACUAAGAAGCCCGGUGCACCUCCGGAUUUUGAAGAUGGAUUGAUUUUGAGAAGGGGCGUCACCGUAGAACAUGUCUGCCACGCCAUUCAUCGGACGUUGGCCGAUCAGUUUAAGUACGCAUUAGUGUGGGGUACCUCAACAAAAUAUUCUCCUCAACGGGUGGGGAUAUCGCAUGUGAUGCAGGACGAAGAUGUUAUCCAGGUGGUUAAAAAGUAAGGUCAUAGUCGGGUAUAGCCUGAAAGACUUCAACAUUUUCUUCCACAAAUUUUGGAUUACUCAAUGUGUCCUUAGAGGGGGUUUGCUUGAACUUGAUGAGUAUCUUUUUGGUACAGGUUGACAAUUUGCUGAUUGAGAAACUGGUUAAUCAUUAAAUUUUAA